UCUGAGGCGGUGAAAACAGGUGCAGAGACUGUUAGGAUGCAGGAAUAUGAUAUUAUUGUGCUUGGAACUGGACUUAAGGAAUGUGUCCUUUCCGCUUUGUUGUCUCAAAGUGGGAAAAAGGUUCUUCACAUUGACAAGAAUCCUUACUACGGAGGAGAGAGUGCAUCUAUUUCUCCCCUCGAGCAGCUGUUCAAGAUGUUUGAAGUUCCUGCUCCUGCUAAAUCAUUAGGACGCGGGAAAGAGUGGAACAUUGACCUCAUCCCUAAGUUUUUUCUUGCAAAUGGUGAUCUGGUGCAAAUCUUGGUGCACACUGAGGUUACACGAUAUCUGGACUUCAAGGUUGUUGAAGGCAGCUAUGUUUACAAAGCAGGAAAAGUUCACAAAGUUCCCGGCACAGAGGAGGAUGCCCAUGCUUCAGAUCUAUUGGGCAUGUUUGACAAGAGACGCUUCAGAAAACUGCUGCAUUUUGCACAGAACUUUAACUUGAGAAACCCUCGGAGUUACCAAGACAUGGAUCCUCAUAAAACCACCACCCGAGACCUGUUCUGCCGCUUUGACCUGGGAGUAAAUGUUCAGGAGUUCACAGGUCACGCCAUCGCCUUACACAGCAGCGAGAGUUACCUGGACCAGCCGUGUUUGGAAACCAUCAGACGGAUCAGGCUGUACUCUGAGUCUCUGUCCCGUCAUAACACAAGUCCUUACCUCUACCCUCUGAACGGGCUGGGAGAACUACCUCAGGGAUUUGCCAGAUUGAGUGCAGAGUCCGGUGGAACCUUCCUGAUGAACAGAGCUGUGGAUGAGAUUGUGAUGAACAGCAGCAAAGUGGAAGCUGUGAAAUCUGAGGGCAAGCUGUUCCAGUGCAAACUGCUCAUCUGUGACCCCAGCUACGUCCCUAACAGAGUGAGGAAAGUAGGCCGUGUGAUAAGAGUCAUCUGUUUAUUAAACCAUCCAGUUAAAAACACCCACGAGGCAAACUCCUGUCAAAUCAUCAUCCCUCAAACACAACUCAACAGGAAAUCCGAUAUUUACAUAUCUGUGGUGUCCUAUGCUCACAUUGUGGCCCCUGACGGGCUGUACAUCGCCACAGUGAGCACCACAGUGGAAACCAACAACCCAGAGAAAGAAAUCCAGCCAGCACUGGAGCUUCUCGAGCCCAUCAACCAAAAAUUUGUUUCAAUCAGCAACCUGUUGGUUCCCAAUGAAGAUGGAAGAAAUAGUCAGAUUUUUGUGUCCAGCUCAUACGAUGCAACAAACUACUUUGUGUCUGAAUGUGAGGACAUCAAAGGAAUGUACCAGCGGAUCACAGGAACAGAGCUCUGCUGGGGACGAUCACAGAGGCACCAGUCUCACACCUCUGAUGAAGACUGAGGAAGACUUUCAACAUCAGGAUCAAAUAAGUUAACCACUGGGAGGUCACUAUUAUGAAGGCUUUAAGCGGACAUGCAUCCAUACAUUUUAUAUACUCAGUUUUCAUGUGACAAUGCAUUGUUUUCUUGAGCCCUUGACUCUAUCACAUGGUCAUCAUAACUUGAAUCCUCAGAGUUGCAAAAUCUUUCACAGUGACCAGCCUGUUGUUUUGUUUUCAAUAUCACCAGAAAAUGAUCCUGUUAUCAUGAGAACACAAGCUUUGUUAUCUUUGGAUAACUCGAUAAAUUAAUGUGUAACAAUGACCAGCUUUGACUUCCUGGGAUAACGAAAAAUAAGUUUCUCAUCAUCACAGAGAAACAGGGUAAUAAAAUGUAUGGAGGCAUGUCUGCUUGGAGUCUACGUUCAUAAUGACAUAACUGUUGGCAAUACUUUCUGCAGUCAUAAAGCAGAGGAUGUUCUGUAAAGCACAGUGAGUGUAAUAUGUAAGCAUUGAGUGGCUUUCCUUUGUCUCAGUUUUUUACUUAUUUUAUUUGAGUUAAAUUUCUACCUUUUUGUGAAAUUAUAUUGAAGGACUUGUUGCUAUUUGUUGGUCCUUAUAAGGGCCGUUAUUGCACAUUUGUGUUGUUUAGAUGUAGGACAAUGUAAUAAAUGUCUCUGAGGGUUCUUAGCUGACCAUUUCACAAAAAACACUUUAAACUUCUGUCAGACAUCAAGUUUUAAAAAUAGCGUAUUACUACUUAAAUUGA